GGCGCGAGCGAUGGCCCCGGGUCAAACCUCAUGGCCCCAAACCCUAACCCUAACCCUAAUUAGCCCCCGCGACCCCUCUCCUUCGAUCGCCCUCGAGGAGCCGUCGUCUUGCCCAGGGGAUCUAGGGUUUCUAGGGCUCUUCGUGGGGUUGCAGCGAUGGAGGUGGGAGGAUCGGGGGGGAACGACGUGGAGCUCGUGUGCAAGACGCUCCAGUUCGAGCACAAGCUCUUCUACUUCGAUCUCAAGGAGAACCCUCGCGGCAGGUACCUCAAGAUCUCCGAGAAGACCUCGGCGACCAGAUCCACCAUUAUCGUCCCCGUGAAUGGCAUCGUUUGGUUCCUCGAUCUCUUCAAUUACUACAUCAACACCGACGAGCGCGAUGCGUUUAGCAAGGAGCUCAAGCUCGAUACCAAGGUGUUUUACUUUGACAUCGGCGAGAACAAAAGAGGCCGCUUUUUGAAGGUGUCCGAAGCAUCCGCUAACAGAAAUCGCAGUACAAUCAUUGUUCCUGCAGGAAGCUCCGGCGAAGAAGGAUGGGCUGCAUUUCGAAACAUUUUACUGGAAAUAAAUGAGGAAGCCUCGCGGCUUUACAUCGUACCCAAUCAGCAGCAACAUAUGGAACCUCCAGAGCACCUUGCGGGGCUCUCAGAUGAUGUGGGUGCCGGUUUCAUACCCGGCCACAGCAGUUCUCCUGCAGUUCCAGGUUCGGACUUGAACGUGGAAAGAAUAGUCGAACUGCCCCCGCAGGAUGAAGUCGGGAACUCGGGUUUAUCUAAAGUUAUUCGCGCUGAUCAAAAGCGGUUCUACUUUGAUUUGGGAAGCAACAACCGGGGCCAUUUCCUGAGGAUUUCCGAGGUGGCCGGAGCAGAUCGCUCGUCUAUAAUCCUUCCCUUAUCCGGUCUGAAGCAGUUCUACGAAAUGAUCGGUCACUUUGUCGAGAUAACCAAAGACAGGCUCGAGGGAAUGACGGGCCCAAAUGUGCGGACGUUGGAGCCUCCGCAGAGAUGAUCGAUCCUCUCUGUUUCAGAUAUCGUCGGUUUCUUUUGCUCGGCUUUCUCUUCGCCCUACUCUUGUUCUGCAUGUCUGCAAGUGGUCCCUCUUCUGCUGAUUAAUUCAUGACGGCGGCUGGCGGGUAAUAACCUCAUUUCUGUCUGUUGCUGGGUUAAUAAUACUCUCUCUCUCUCUCUCUCUCUCUCUCUCUCUCUCUAGAUGUUAAAGAUUGUAGCAAGCUUUGAGCCAACUGAGUAAUUGACUUGAUAUUGUAUGUAGGGCUUUUAGUGGUAUGAUGGGUGGGUGCAUUAAUUUGUAAAGAUCUAUAUAUCUCUCUGAGUGCAGAAAAUAAGUGAUUGCAUCUCCA